AUGCUGAAGAUAUUUUCAGUUCUUGCUGUCCUCGCAGGCCACGUUGGCAGCGUUGUGGUGACCGUCCCCGAGCAGGCAGUGAAUGUCACCACAGGUGGAAACGUCACCCUCCUGUGCACGUACACGAGUUCUGCACCGCUGGGAAAUUUCUUCAUUCAGUGGAGCUUCUACAGUGCCAAAGAGAGCCAGCUGCACACCCAUUCCCCGUGUCACGGUAUUCUGAGUAUGGAUGAAAAGUCAGUCAGUCAAUGUCAAAAGAUGGUGUAUGUGACAGAUGCACGGGGAAGAUGUAGCUGGAGAUAGAAGAUCUAUUAUUAUUCAGGAGGCCAGUCUUACUCCUAUGGAGCAUUUAAGAACAGGAUAACAGCUGCAACAAGUCCAGGGAAUGCAUCAAUAACAAUUUCCAACAUGCAGCCCUCAGACACCGGUUCCUACACCUGUGAAGUUUUCAGCCCUCAGGGCGAUGCUGGACAGAGUCAGAAAUCCGUGAUUGUCAGUGUGCUGGUCAAACCAUCAACACCUUUCUGCAAAAUAGAAGGAACACCUGAAAAAGGGCAUCUAAUCUACCUCCUAUGCAGAUGUGAAGAGGGAUUGCCUCAUCCCACCUACCGCUGGUACAGAGUCGAGGAGAACACCCUCAAGCCUGCCACUGAACAAUUUAAUCCAAACACCGGCAUUCUUUACAUUGGCAAUCUCACCGCCUUUGAAACUGGCUAUUACCGCUGCGUAGCCAGCAACGUGCUGGGGAACAGCACCUGUGAGCUCGACCUGACAGCAAAACAUUCAGACAGUGGUAUUGUUGCUGGAGCAUUAAUUGGAGCGAUCCUGGCAGCUGCUGUCAUUUGCAUUAUCGUCUGGGUCUUAACCAAGAAGGCAAAAAAUAGGAAGUCACCAAAUAAUGAGAUGCAAGAAAUGGCUCAGAAACAAUCCAAUGCAGACUAUGUUCAGGUACCUAAUGAAGAAAACAUUCCUGCGACCACAGUUCCCUCCAGCAAUGCAACAAUGGAAUACCCGAGCGUGGAUGAACCAACAGCCCCUGGAACACCUGAAAACAAGGAGAAGCAAGAAGCAGACAAAGAAGAAACAGCCUAGAGUUUUAAGUUUUCCUUGUCAGCUUUGGACCCCUUUAUACAAAAAUUGUUGUCAUUGAAUUAACAUAGAGGCUUGACUAAAACUUAAAUGGGCAUUUGCAUUGUGAACCACUGGGCUGGAGAUUGAAAAGGGUCUGUUACAUGUGAAUAGCAGAAGAUUUGGCCUUUAAAGUUAGCCAAAUUUCUUUUAUUAUCUAGUUAUAACUGUACAAAAAUGUAAGUAUAAAAAGACUAUCAUCCAUGUUUAUCCAACCUAUUUUGCAAAACUAAUUAGGAAAUUGUCAAAGUAAGAGCUUUCCAGUCA